CGGAAACAUAGUACUCCCCCCUCACUCCAAAAGGACAAGGUCACUUUGGAGCGUAUCCAACGGCGAGCCACGAAAUCAGUUCGAGGACUCAAAUCUAAGCCUUACGAAGAACGCCUCCGUUCACUAGACCUUUACCCACUAGAAUAUAGGCGUCUUAGAGGUUCCUGCCUGGAGGAUUUGGUGAUCCCCUGCUACUAGACACGGAAGCCUGUUAAGCGAAAGCUUCUUCUAUUCCGUCCACAACCAUUUGAACCAUUUGAACCAUUUGAAAGGCGAACACUGAUGGCGGGUAAGCAAGAUGAUUUAAGUGGUUGUACGUUUGAAGUUCAUGGUAAAGUUCAAGAAAGGUUUGUCACUAGAUAAUGUAAUCAUUAGAACUCAGUAUGCGGCUGAAUUCGCUAAGGUAAAUGGCCUUGUCGGCUGGAUUAUGAAUACUGAAAGUGGUACUGUGGUAGGUGAAUUCGAAGGCCCAAGUGUAAGUGUUGAUGCAUUUAAACAUUGGCUUCGCAACAUUGGAAGUCCUAAGUCGCAAAUUGACAAGUGCCAGUUCAAGAACGAAAGAAGGAUAUCUCAGUUACAUUUCGAAAAUUUUAAUAUACGUCGCUAGUCCAAACAUACUCUUUGGUUCUUUUAAAUCCAAUAAACAGCAACAUAUAACCGUCUGCUAGUGAACAACAACUGGACGUGCGUACAAAUUGUAAUGUAUUUAAUUGGCGAGACUAUAAAUUAUAGUCUCACCAUCAAUCUUUUGAAUAAAAAGAAAGUUUGUAUACGAUAUGGAUGACUGAGAAACUUUAGAACUUUGGACAACAACUUAGCGCAGUAAGCGCUUCCUCAUAAUCGUAGUUCACUGAUAAAGGGACAAGAAAAAGAACGUAGACCAAUUGGAAUGAUUAUCAGAAAAGCUUAUAUCAAUAAAGGCGAUGAUUAGAAGAGGGAAUGAAGUUUUUCGGGGGUUUAAAGUUUAAUUGCUUUGCGGUCCUGAAGCAACCAAUAAGGGGGAAAAAUGCUUGCCCGAGGGAAAUAAGAGACGGCCUGCUUAUUUAUGCAUCAUUAUUUUAGCACAUGGACAAGUUCAUAUACGUCGGUGUUCUGAUUAGCGGUUUUGUCACGUGAUAGUUGACAGGGGCAUAAGUUAUGACAAUACUAAUCAUAUGUUUGACAUAUCUAUAUUUUCGUUCAUAAUUAGGGAAGUUAUUAGGUGCUGUUACUGGUAUUUUAUUAAGCAUGAAUCAAUGAUUGGUCGUUUUGCGAAUAUUCAUAGCAUACAUAAGAAACCUCUUAGUUUGUAUUAACAUGUAGCCAGCCGUUAAACGUUAUAAUGAAAAGUUAAGAUCACCAGACAAACCAUUGCCUUAUCGUAUUUAAGUACACAAAUUUCAACAUUAUGGUUUGCCCUCAUAAUAUCGUAAUUUCUAAUCCGGAAUUCGUUUAAAAAGUAUACAUAUCAGUAUUUUAAAUCACAUAUGUUUCUGAGUGCCCAGUGUGCGUGGAAAAUGCAAUUUACGGUGCGAAUGGAUUGUAUGUUCAUCAAAGGGAAUUCUAAUCAACAAAGUGGAAAGACAUUUUUUGGACCUCACUACUGUGGAACCCCAUUAUUAAGCAGAUCAACUGGCUUUGUUGUUCAAAAUAGAUGUAUGAAACAACACGAUUGGAGUAGUAAUAAGAAAAUUGUUAUGGAAUUUGGGAGGUUACAGUGUUUGAUGAACGUUUAAAGCACUACUUUCUUGAUUAGUCGUGAAAGCAAACGUAUAAACAGUAAAUUGAUCAAAUUUCAAACCCCUAUUCCCCCCUUUGCUGCUCGCUCUUUUAAUAUUGAUUUAUCCGUUGAUCGUUAUUAUUGUAACCUCUUCUGGUAGUUACUCUUAUUCUUGUGCACACUUUUGAUCGUGUCUUUAUGAAUGGAUAUCGACCGUUAUACUAAAUAACAUGUUUCCUAGUCUCAAAGCGAUAUACAUAUCCCGGAAUGAUCUAAAGUAUGGCUCAUGAAACUCGUUACUCUGUGAUGAUACUUCCAAAUGAUCUUAUCACUGCUUACAACUAAAGUGGACUAUUCUUGUACCUAAGUCUUGCAAAUAGUAUGUAAGAGGUACAAGCGAGCUACCGCUUACCAAUUCAACUAGUAUGCAACUCACGAAAAGAAAGGACUGUUUUAAAAAGCUCACAUGUAAAUGAAGUGGGUGCUGGUUAUGCCAUUCAGGAUGAUAAUGAAAGCUUUGGAACUAAAUUGUCCAGCUUGAGAAACAACACCAAAAGCAUCCAACUUGGCUGUGAACCAUCGUUCCAAUAUGAAAUAAUUGGUUUGUGUAGAAGUUACAGUUCGUUGCAGUGGUUUGAUUUCAUCACCAGUCCGGAUUUAAACUAUUCAUUAAAAAUUGUUAAUCGUAAUGGUCCUUAGAACAAAAAUCUGUUUUAAACUGACAAAAAUGUUAUGUCAUAAUGAGGAUUUGGUGAUGUACCACUCGUAAAGUUUGCCCCGCUCCGUUAGUUGCAUUCACGGACAGUCAUCUUAUUAUAAAGUUGGAAGUCAGUCAGUCAGUCAGCUACAACGUAGGACCAGGCACAUAUGUGCAUCGGUCCAGGUUGCCAUACCGCAUCAGCACAACAAGAUGAACACCGGAUUCAUAGCAGUGGUUAGGUCAAAGGUGGUAAUAUAUAAGAGAAAGAUUGCAUAUAGAGAUAUAGUACAAGAAGAAAGAAUUGGUUCGUAGAAAGAAAGAUAUGGAGCGAUUUUAAUCUCUCAGUUUAAGGGAAGACAGGGUGUGUAUACACCGACGCCAUUGUGAUCGAUUCUGAGCCAUGUCACCAAGAGUCUCCAACCAUUGUUUACGAUAGUCACGCGGACCCCAACCAAGUAGUCUGCAUCUACCAACAUGGCUCAGACUAGAAGUUAGUGACUUCAAGCACUGAUGCCACGUUUUGGUUUGGCCGCCCCUAACUUUCUUC